UUCUUCUAAUUGCCACGUAAUUUCACCAUUCCAUUCUAUUCCCUUCAUCAAAUCAAAUUCCCCUUUUUAUCUCUCUCCUCCUUCUUCUUCCAACACAAUUCAAUUCUGUUUCUUCUUCAACAAUUAUGUUUUGUCCUCCUUAAAUCUUCAAUUUUUUACACAAAUUCACGUUAUUCGUUUCAUUUUUAACAAUUGUCCUGUUUCAGACAUUCAGACCAAUUUUUAAUUUUUCUUCAAAGCUUGUGUUUUUCUGAAUUAUCGUUGUUUUUAAGCAUCUGGGUCGGUGAGGGAUUGCCGGAGAAUCAUGCCACCGGCUCUAUUGGAUCCGCCAUUGUCAGAAACAUCGUUGGUGCCUUAUUUAAUCUCCGGCACCAUUUCUCAGGAACCGGUACCGGAGAGUCGGUUAUUUGAGGAUCUUAGAGGUUUACGGUGGCGUAUAAAUCUUGGGGUUUUGCCACCUUGUUCUUCUUUAACUUCCAUUGAUGAUCUUCGUCGUGCCACCGCUAAUUCUCGAAGGAGGUAUGCUAGUUUAAGAGGGCAGCUCUUGGUUGAUCCCCACAUUACAAAGGAUGGAAGUAGUUCACCACCCAAUCUUGUCAUGGACAAUCCACUUUCACAAAAUCCAAACAGUACAUGGGGUCGCUUUUUUCAAAAUGCGGAGCUCGAGAGGAUGGUGGAUCAGGAUUUAUCACGUUUAUACCCAGAACAUGGUUUCUAUUUCCAGACAAAAGGGUGUCAAGGCAUAUUAAGGCGUAUUUUAUUAUUAUGGUGUCUUAAACACCCUGAGUGUGGUUAUAGACAAGGAAUGCACGAGUUACUUGCUCCUUUGUUUUAUGUUCUCCAAGAUGAUGUAGAGCACCAUUCGGAAGUUCGAAAACUUCAUGAAGAUCACUUCACAGACAGAUUUGAUGGUCUCUUCUGUCAAGAGAAUGAUAUUUCUUACAGCUUUGAUUUUAUAAAAUCUCCAGACUUGUUAAAUGAUGAAAUUGACUCCCAUGGAGAAGGAGUGAAAAUCAAGAGUCUUGAUGAGCUUGAUCCUAAGAUACAGACGAUUGUAUUGCUAAGUGAUGCUUAUGGGGCUGAAGGUGAAUUGGGCAUUGUUUUAUCUGAGAAAUUCAUCGAGCAUGAUGCUUACUGUAUGUUUGAAGCUUUAAUGAAUGGGGCUCGCGGAUCAGUUGCAAUGGCCGACUUUUUCUCUUAUUCUCCUGUUGCCGGGUCCCAUACUGGUUUGCCACCUGUAAUUGAAGCUUCUGCUGCACUGUAUCAUUUGUUGUCUCAUGUGGAUUCAUCUUUAUAUAGCCAUCUUGUUGAGCUUGGGGUUGAACCACAGUACUUUGCUCUCCGCUGGUUAAGAGUUUUAUUUGGACGGGAAUUUUCACUUGACAACCUCUUGAUCAUCUGGGAUGAAAUCUUUUUAUCAGAUAAUAGUGAAAUGGAAAAGCACGUGGAGGACAAUGCAGACACUGGUUUUAGGCUCUUUCAUUCAUCUCGUGGACGAUUUAUCUCAGCUAUUGCUGUGGCAAUGUUACUUCAUAUAAGAUCUUCACUACUUGCGACUGAAAAUCCUACAACCUGUCUCCAGAGAUUAUUAAGCUUUCCUGAGGACACAGACAUUAAAAAACUAAUAGAGAAAGCUAAAUCCUUGCAGACUCUUGCAUUAAGUUCUGAAAUUUCAUCCUCGACACCUAUGCUUAUAGAGUAUAACAAGGGUAAAUCAGUUGUUGCAAGAUCUAUUAGCAUUCCAUGUGAAUCAGGUUCACCAAAAACUCCUAACAGUUUGUUACCUGAUAAUAGCUACUGGGAAGAAAAGUGGAGAGUUGUUCACAGUGCUGAAGAACUUAAACAAGAUGGAGUAGAAAAGCAGGUUCCAUCUCAGAAAAAGAGAUGGACAGAAAAGGUAAAGUUAAGUUUGAAAAGAACAGAAUCCGAACCAUCUUCCUCAACGAUUAAAAGUGGUAAAAAGGAAUCUAAGGCGUCUGUUAACCGCAGUUUGUUAGAAGAUCUUUCCAAGAAACUCGGGUCAGAAGGAGAUACGGAAAAACUCGGCUGUCAUGAAGUGGGGCAACAAGAUGAUGGUUCUGACGACAGCAACAAUUACGAUGCUGAUGAUAGAUGUCUAAGUAAAAACAUCAGCAGUGAGAACUCAUUUAACUCAGCUAGUCCUCCUAAUGAGUUCAAAGAUCUUGAAAAUGAAAAUAUCUCACAGAAAAGUAGUGUUGGGUCCAAUUUAUCUGUUGAUGAAAUUAAUGAAAUUUCACAUAGUAGUCCCAUUGAUUCGCCUCUCCCAAUCUCUGAUCAUCCUGAGAAUAACCUAUCUCCUGCGCCAGGGCGCAAUAAUGAUUCCACAGGAAAUUUGGCAACAAUUUCUAGGGAUAUAAAACUGAAUAAAUUCCAGUGGCUUUGGAAGUUUGGCCGUAAUAAGGGCGAGUUAUUGUCUGAGAAAAGAGGUCGUGCUUCUGAGCCUGUAAAACCGACCAACAAUUUUAACAAUAAUCAAAGUAACACAGCACCCUCUUCUACAGCUGGUGAGCAUUGCAGUUCUGUUAAUUUUAAAGGCGAUUCUGCAGACCAGAAUGUGAUGGGAACUUUGAGGAAUAUUGGGCAGUCCAUGCUUGAGCACAUUCAGGUGAUUGAGUCUGCUUUCCAACACGAGCGUGGCCAGGGAGCUUCAUUGGAUAAUAAUAUGUCUAAAAAUGUUCUGGUUGGCAAAGGGCAGGUUACUGCCAUGUCAGCUCUCACGGAGCUCCGCAAAAUUAGCAACCUUUUGUCUGAGAUGUGAGACGAACCUUACGUUGGUUGACCUGUGUAUAUAUUAUGUAUAUUUUUUUUGUAAUUUGUAAUUACGAUUCUUUAGCAGUGAUAAUGAUACAAGUGUCGUCUGCUUUACUUCUGCAGUUCAUUAAUUUCAAGUUUUGCAGAUGUUUAUAGAGGGAUGGUGAUGUAAAUACAUGUAUUCGUGUUAUUUGAAAUGAAAUAAAUAAUGAUGAUUCAUUCCUA